AUGCAGCACGUUUUCGCCCACCAGCAACCGAGCGCUUAUCAUCAGCCGGACUGGCACCACCACACCGCUCAGCAACAUCAGCACCAGCAUCAGUACGCCGCGCAAACACAGGCAGCUGCUGCCGCCAAUGCUGUAGCCCAGCAGCAACAGCAGCAGCACUAUGGCCGCAACGGACAGAACGGCGGCGGCAACGGUGCAGGCAGCAAUGGACCUCUUGGAGAUCAUGGCGGGGGUGGAGGAAUUAUGGGAGGCGGCGACAGCAUGACCGAGGACAAUCGGCGUGUGCUUGAGUGGAUAUCCCAGACGCUGAACAGCAGUACACGAGAGGCGGCGCUGUUGGAGCUUAGCAAGAAAAGAGAGCAGGUACCUGAGCUCGCUCUCGUACUUUGGCAUUCCUUUGGCGUUAUGACGUCCUUACUUCAGGAGAUCAUAUCUGUCUACCCUCUGUUGAACCCAUCGCAGCUCACCGCCGCAGCAUCCAACAGGGUCUGCAAUGCGCUCGCUCUGCUUCAGUGUGUUGCCAGUCACAGCGAAACACGAGGCCUAUUCUUGAAUGCCCACAUUCCUCUUUUCCUAUACCCUUUCCUCAACACCACAUCUAAGUCUCGACCUUUCGAGUACCUCCGCUUAACAUCUCUCGGUGUCAUUGGUGCCCUGGUGAAGAAUGAUAGCUCCGACGUUAUCAACUUCCUUCUCACCACGGAAAUCAUCCCGCUCUGCCUCCGUAUCAUGGAAACCGGGUCGGAGUUGAGCAAGACUGUGGCCAUUUUCAUCGUCCAAAAGAUUUUGUUGGACGACAUGGGCUUGCAGUACAUCUGUCAAACUUAUGAGCGCUUCUAUGCCGUCGGUACGGUGCUGUCGAACAUGGUUACGCAGCUCGUGGACCAGCAGACUGUACGCCUGCUGAAGCACGUUGUUCGGUGCUUCUUGCGCCUCUCGGAUAAUGCUCGCGCGCGCGAAGCUCUGCGACAGUGUCUCCCCGAGCCACUUCGCGACGCCACGUUCUCUCCAGUCCUGCGAGAUGACGCCGCGACUAAAAGGUGUUUGGCACAGCUCCUUUUGGCUCUAUCCGACCAGGCCGAACCCACCAUGUCCGGUGCUUCCUAUGGCCACCAUCAACAGAGCUUGCUUCCAGCGAUGUCAUGA